AUGUCUUCUUAUAUCGAGAGAUUCGAAAGAAUCGACAAGAACAAAGAUGGUAAAAUUUCAUGCGACGAGUUCUCUCCAGAGUUCCGUACUAUAUUUCCUACGAUGUCGUCUGAAGAAACUGAUAUGAUGUUUAAAGAGGUUGACGUUGAUUGUGAUGGUCAAAUAGACGUUACAGAGUUUUUUAAGAGCUUAAUGAUUGGAAAAGAAGCUGUUGAAAAACAGCUUUUUGAUCGAUAUGAUAUUGAUCGUGAUGGGAAGAUUUCACCGGGUGAGGUUCAUGAUGCGUGUAAGUAUGUUUUUGGAGAGAAAAAGUCAAUGGAAGAAUGUGCUCGCCUAGUUGAUGACUUCGAUACAGACAAAGAUGGUUUUGUUAGCUUUGAAGAAUUUAAGACUAUGCUAGAUUCUGACAAAGUGUUACAAUGGUUUUUCUAA